AUGCUUUUGUAUGGUGAUUUUAAUUUUAGUCACACCAGUUAUAAAUCAUGCAAUGUUGGUGGUGGUGAAGAAACAAUCGAUCAUGUUACUGAACAACGUCCCGGCGAUAUCAAAUUCCAAGAGCGUCUUAAAGACUGCUAUUUAACUCAACUAGUAACAUUCCCAACAUACCGCAAUAACAUGCUUGCAACUCCAUGUAGCACGCUUGACCUCAUCAUUACUAAUAAUCCUGAUCGCCUAAUCUCAAUAAACAAAGGAAAUUCGCUCGAACAUACACCAAUCGGAAAAGCUCACUGUCUUUUAGUCGGUCUUUUUGCAGUAUACUUCAACAAAAACAAACUAACAUCUCCUAGUCGCCGACGGCUUAUCUGGAAUAAAGCAAAUUUUGAUGCAAUUUCAUUACAUAUAACUUCUAAAGAAAUACCAACCAAUCUUUAUGCAAACGAUCUGUACAGUUGGUUUAUUGACGUAUAUGACGAAGCUCAAGAUCUUUGGGUCACACCAAAAGUAUUGGAAGCAGUAAAAUUAAAACGUUCAACUUGGGCGUUGAACAAAUACGUUGCUGCAGGAAAAGAUUCUCAUGCAAAAUUAUGUAAUGAACAUCAGGCUGCAUGCAAACACGUUAAAAAAGUGGUCAAUGCGGCUGUCCUUCAUUACGAACAUCAACUAGUAAGCUGUUUCAAGGAAUUCCCAAAACUUAAAGUACAUAAUCAAAUUAGUAUGCUUAAAACUAGCGAUGAUAACAUCACCGAAGACUCUAAGUUUAUAACUUCAACGAUAAACAAUUAUUUUUAUUCAGUUUUUGUUGAAGAACCCCCAAUACCUUUACCAAUAUUUGAAGAGAGAACAAAAUCAACUUGCGAAAUCGACGAAAGUUUGUUUACAGUUGCUACAGUACAAAACUACUUAUUCUGCCUUGACGACACUAAAUCAAUGGGACUUGACGGAGUAUAUCCUCGUGUUCUAAAAAACUGCGUAAAAACUUUUGCAAUACCUCUUUCACUUAUUUUCAAGCAAUCCUUUCAAACUGGAAAUGUCCCAGAUUUUUGGCGUGAAUCAAAUGUUACUACUAUUUUCAAAAAAAGAAACAAACUCAAAGCUUGUAAUUAUAGGCCGGUAUCUCUUACCUCUGUACCAUGCAAGGUAAUGGAGAGAAUUAUAAAAGAGAGGAUUAUGAAACACUGUACACUACACAAUCUUAUUUCAAAAUCUCAGCAGAAUUUAUAA